AUGUGUUCCGACAAAUCUCAUCAAUUAACCAGUUCAGGAACCCCUUUCGCACUCCGCCCUUCAAUGUAUCACCGAAUCGCUGUUCCUUUUCAUAUCGAGAAGUUCGCCAGUCGUUUACAUUCCACCCUUCGUGAGACGUAUCAGGCUUUACGAACGCAAUACGUCACCGGGCACGUGGCCGUACAGGGACUGCGCAAACUUGGAAUCUACGACUUUGAUUUUUCAAACUUAGCCACACGAUCCGCUUACUAUUUCUUGGAAGACAUCGAUUCACUGGUGUUCCCCACUCCAGUGAACCCAAGAAUAGUGGAAGUUGGUUUCCACUGUCCUGUACUGAAACAGCUCCCAAAAGAAUAUUCUGAUUUUCUGAAUGACCCAACAUCGAAAGGCACAGUACUCGUCGCAUUCGGAUCAAAUGUUGUUUGGGACUAUGCACCUCCGGAAGUCAUGGCAGCAAUGUUGGGAGCCUUAAAUGGAUUGACUGAAUACAGGGUUGUGUUUUCCUACAAUGGUGACCUGAAGCAUGUACGCUUUCUAGGGCGACAUGUCAAAGUUACUCGAUGGGCUCCACAAAAAGAGAUCCUGGCCCAUAACAAGACCGUAGCCUUUGUUAGCCAUGGAGGAUUGAAAAGCCUGAAAGACGCCGUAUGCGGAGCUGUACCAGUUAUUUACAUCCCCAUUUUCGCGGAACAAUCUCACAAUGCUGAAGUAGCUCGAUUUGCUGGCUUUGCAGAAGUUCUUCACAAACAUCACCUCACAGCGAAUCGUAUUGAGCAGGCAGUGCGGAAAGUAGCAGAGACACCUCGAUUCAAGCAGUCAGCCGUUCGAAUAAAGACAUUCUACCUCGAUCGGAUAAUGCCAAGCCUUGACUUAGCUGAAUUCUACAUUCGACGAGCCCUGAAAACUAGUCCUCGUCCUCCCACCUUCAA